AUUAUGAAGCCCUGCGGGGGGCAGAGCCUCGGCCAGGCGCUAUGUGGAGUGCGAGCGUAUUCUUCCUCACACAGAUAGUCGUUUGUCAAUUUACUACUGAAAACCCAACAUCAACAACGACAGAAGAACCCCAAACUGUAACAACAUUCUACGCGCUCAGCACAGGAAUCGUUCCCGCACCCGUUAUGCUCAAACUCGGCAACUCAACUAUCGACAGCACGAAGUCAUUCAAAGUCCCCCAACCUUCCCUGGACACUCCGACUUCGAAGCCGAUCAAAGUCGACAUGGUACCACAUGUAGUGUUAAAGAAUACGUACUUCGAUCAUGAUAGGAAGUAUGGCCCGAGUUUUGAAGAUGCCCCUGAUGGGAAUAUUACUAAGAUUACAGUGCAAUUGGGGGAGGAUGCACAUUUGAACUGCAGGAUUAGUUUGCUGCAGGAUAAAACGGUAUCCUGGGUACGCCGCAGAGGCAAAGACGAGAUGCCAGAGCUCCUUACAGUCGGAGCAGUGACAUACGCAGCUGACAACAGAGUGACAGUCGCCAGGAGGUAUCCUGGCAACUGGAGGCUUCUCAUCAGGGAAGUCAAACCUGAUGAUGAGGGAGUUUACGAGUGCCAGAUAUCAACGCACCCGCCUAGAGUCAGCAGGACUUAUCUGCAUGUUAAUACUCCGCAAGUAUGGGUAGUCGACGAGGCCGGAGCACCACUCCUGGAGAAGUACUACGAAGCCGAGUCAACACUAGCGCUGGUCUGCAGAGCAAGGCACGUGGAGACACCAGCCAUGCUGACGUGGCUGCACGAGGGGAGGGCACUCAAUGCUGACACCACUAGGGGAGGGAUCAGUGUAAAGACAGAACAAGUGCCGGGUGGCGCUGACAGCCAGUUGCGGCUCGCACGUGUCAACAGCAGCGAUGCCGGCAACUACACCUGUGCAGUCAGAGGCGCCAGGUCUCAUACCGUGUCUGUGCAUGUACUUAACGAAAGCCUAGCAGAACUGCAUGCCGGGACUCGAUCACUACAUCCACCUACAGUGGGAACGCUCAUUUUACUCCUAACGAUACUUUAUAUAACAGAAGGAACACUGUUCCUAAUACCUGUGAUUUCUUUCGCAGCCCUAGCUUAUAAUGUACCGGCCUUGGGCCAACCAAAUGAACUUUACUUACUGUUGCCAACGUGAUGAAAAGCGUUUAGAACUAUGUAAAUAUACGUUUGAUUAUGAAGAUAAAUUAUGA